AUGGCUUCUGCGCGUGGCGGUGAUGACCUAAUUUUUGAUUCCUUAGAUUCGGACCUUUCCUUUGUUGACGAAUUGAUGGAGUAUUCCCUUGAAGACAAGUUAUUUAAAAAAUUGAAAAGUGCUGUGAAGAAGGUCAGUAGUAAAGUGAGUAAAGUAGCGAAGAAAGCGACAUCGGUAGCCAAAAAAGUUGGUAAGACUGCUGUCAAAGCUGGUGUCAAAGUUGGGAAGGCGUAUGUCAGUUCCAAAGUUUCUAAAGUGAAAGCGGGCUUAAAAGUCGCGAAAGGGCUGAAGAAAGCAGCCACUGGUAAAAUUAAGAAUAAGUUAGGAUCAUUGAAGAAGAGUUUUAAGGACAAAGUGAAGUCGGUGAAGUCAGUAGGGAAGAAGUUUACGAGUAAGAUAGGUAAGAUCAGUACCAAGUUUACUAGUGGGAUCAAGAAGUCGAUGAGUGGGAUGAAAAAGACGUUUAAUGGGGUGAAGAGUUCAGUGAACAAAGGGAUGAAAAGCAUAUCCACCUCGAUGAAAAAGGCGACGAAGAAAGUGAAAGGGGUGAUGUCCAAAACAGUGAAGGGAGUGACUGGUAAAGUCGUGAAAGGGAUUAACGGAGUGAAGAAUACUAUUAAGAAGGGAGUUACUACCGUUAAAGGGAAAGUGACUGGCGGUCUUAAUAAGUUGAAAAAAGGGAUGAAAAAUAUAGCGGACAAAACAGUCAAAUUUGGGAAGAAAGCGACUGCCGCUAUCAAGAGUGUAGGGAAGAAGGUGAAAGAGAAAGGAAAAGCGAUUGGAAAAGAAUUGAAAAAGUUGGGGAAAAUGACUUCUGAGAAGGCGAAGAAAUUCUUUGGGAAGAAGUGGGACCAAAUGAAGAAAGGAAUGAAAGACAAAUUAAAAGACAUUAAAGAUAAGAAACAAAAGAAACAACAAAUGGAUUUGAUGCAGAACAAAUGUUAUUUAGAAGCACUCAGAAAAUGUGGGUGUUGUCCUAAAUGUCUUGCUGAAGCCGAGAAACAGCAGAAGAAAUUGAAAGCAAAGAGUACGUCUUCAUCAUCUUCAAGUAAAUCAUCUUCAUCAAGUAAAUCGUCAAGUUCUUCGACGUCUUCAUCAACAUCGGGUGGAUCUUCUUCGGGUGGAUCGUCUGGUGGUGACUCUGGAGCUUCAAGUGGUGGAGAUGCAGGAGCAUCUUCAGGAGGAUCUAGUGAGUCCAAUGCCGGUGCUUCCAGUGGAGGCAGUUCUGGAGGGUCUUCAUCGAGUGGAGGAAGUUCAUCAUCCGGAGCAGAUAUUACUCCAAGUACUCCAACUGUCCCAACUCCAAGUGUUCCAACCCCAAGUGAACCCGUUCCAAGUGUCCCAUCUACUCCUUCGAUACCUACAACACCAUCUGAACCAAGUACGCCAAGCACUCCUUAUGUGCCUCCUCCUACUCUACCAAGUACACCAAGUGUCCCAAGCACUCCUUCAGAAUCGGGUUCUAACUCAAAUGCUAAUGCUCAGAUGCAACAAAUGAUGCAACAGCAAAUGCAGCAAAUGCAACAGAUGCAACAACAACAACAGCAGAUGAUCAUGAACGUACCACAACAAACACAAACGCAAGCCCCACCAACUAUCAUUCAAGUCCCAGGAGCUCCAGCAACCGCAGCACCCCCUCCUGUGAUCAAUUUGCCGAACAUCAAUAUUUCUAAUACAAACGACAAUAAACAAGAAAGAAAAGUCGACAAGAAUGUGACGAAGAAGAAAGAAGUCGAAAAGAAGAAACACCGAGUCAUUAAAAUCCAGUCGGACCCCGAGGAAGGAUUUGCGGAGAGUAAAGUCGUCAUCAAAAAGGAAAAGAAACAGAAGGAAAAGGUUGUUCCCGUGAUUAUCCCCCCUGUCCGACCACACUUGAGACCUCAAGUGAAGCCCGUUGUACCAGAAAGAAGAGUCGAAGUCCCUCAACAAGUCAUUGAAAAGGUCGUCGAGGUGCCUAAACGUGUUGUGCAGAAGCAAGAAGAUCCUGUUGUGGUGAAGAAAGUGAAUGUCCCGAGUGGAGUUGAGCCGAUUGAGAAAGUUGUGAAGACUCAUGUGGCGAAAAAGGUCAUUGUGAAUAUCGCGAAGAAAUUAAUACCGAAGUUUAAACCAAUCAGAAAACACUGCGAGUGCAUUCCAACAGAUAUCCCGUGUAAGGAAAGCGCAAUCAAGAGAAACAGAAAAGAACUGAAAGCUAUUAACGAGGUACUCAGACAUUUAUAA